AUGAAACACAAUCACAAGCCUUCGGGUAAGCUACCCAAAAAAGAAGUGCGAAGAAUCAAGGAGAUUAAGCGGCAAACAAAGUCUCGACAGCUCCUUCCAGGGGUUGAAACUGGGUUUGAGGAAUACAGCUCUGAAAAUGAAAAUAAGACGUCUGAGGAGUACCCAAAAUUCAGAUCAUAUGCAACAAGUCUAAGCAGCAAAGAAAAGUAUCGCUACCAUCGGGAAACAGGCCAAAUGCGAUCCUUUUUUGGAGACGUCAUGUUCGGUCACCGGAGUACGAUCAUGGACGAUCUGGUAUCCUCAUCGCUUACAGAAACGUCUUUCAAAGGUGCAGGUUGGGGCAAGAUCAAGUCUAAAGAGUCUGAGAAAGAUGCGGCCAAUCAAAAAGAGCCUGCUGUGGUCUUUUUCAAUUUCUCUGGAUUUUAUGUGCUUUUCUGGAUGAUUAUCGCAUUCAUCGUGCUUCGAGUUAGCGUCGAUUACUACAUUGCACACGAUGGUGAUCUUUCUCAGUCUGAAAUUCUCAGGUUUAUGACCUCAGAUCUAAUAUCGAUCGCCUUGAUCGAUCUUGUCAUGUAUUUAUGCACUUAUUUUGUGCUGUUUGUGCACAUAGCAUGUAAAAGGGGAUGGAUAUAUUGGAACCGUACUGGUCGGUUCUUGACCUACACAUAUGAGAUUGGAUUCUUGUGGUGGUUCCUCUACGUCGCAGAAACCGUAAUGCAGUUCCACUGGGUUGCUAAGAUCUUCAUAUUCUUGCAUUCAUUGGUUCUUUUAAUGAAAAUGCACUCAUUUGCAUCCUACAAUGGGUACCUGUGGGCGAUCUUGGAGGAACUCAAAUUUUCGAAGAGAACACUUGCCAAAUACAAAGACCACACAAUAGAAGACGAAUUGAACGACGCCCUUAAAAAGAGUUGUGAAUUUUGUCAGUUCGAACUCGAUCUACAAUCUACCAGGGUAAAGUUUCCAGCAAACAUAAAUCUCAAGGAUUUUUUUGAUUAUUCAAUGUUCCCAACCGUUGUGUAUCAAAUCGAGUAUCCAAGAACAGAGAGAAUCAGAUGGUCUUACGUCUUCGAAAAACUGUGUGCCAUAUUUGGUGUGAUCUUUGUCAUGAUGAUCAUUGCACAAUUCUUCAUGUACCCUAUAGCGAUGCGCGCUAUGGCUGUGAGGGACAUCGGGAUGCCCAUCUUCUGGGACAGAAUAUUCGAAUGGUUAUACUUGUUACUGAAACUGGUGCCGAGUUUCAUCAUGAUGUACCUGCUCGUUUGGUACUUAAUCUGGGAUGCCAUUUUGAAUUGUGUUGCUGAAUUGACUCGUUUCGCAGACCGAUACUUCUACGGAGACUGGUGGAAUUGCGUGUCGUGGGAUGAGUUUAGCCGCCAGUGGAACGUUCCAGUUCACAAAUUUUUGUUAAGACAUGUUUAUCACAGCUCGAUCAGUUUUCUACAGCUGAAUAAACUGCAAGCUACUCUAAUGACGUUUUUGCUCAGCUCUGUUGUGCACGAACUGGCGAUGUACGUGCUCUUUCGUAAAUUGCGGUUUUACCUAUUCUUUUUACAGAUGGCGCAAAUACCUCUUGUUCAACUAGGCAAUUCCAGGUUUUUAAAGUCCAGAAAGAUAAUGGGAAAUGCUAUAUUUUGGCUAGGUAUCUGUACAGGGCCUAGCCUGAUGUGUACGCUGUAUUUGACGUUCUAA